CAACCAGCUUCAACAUGCAGUCUCUGAUGGUGUUCGCUGUGCUGGCCGCCGCGGCUGUGCUCGGCUCUGGAUCGCUGCUGUACAGCCGGCCGCUGGGCUAUUCCGGGCUGCUGGCCGCCCGGCCGCUGGGUUACUCUGCAGUGGUAGCCAGCCGGCCGCUGGGAUACUCUGUAGCUAGCCGGCCGCUGGGCUACUCUGCUCUGGUAGCCAGCCGGCCGCUGGGCUACUCGGUGGCCGCGGCCGUGACGCCGGUGGCCGUCGGCACCGCCACCGUUUCGCAGUCCCACCAGCAGGACGAGCUCGGCCAGUACGCCUACGGCUACAACACCGGCACCUCGGCCAAGAACGAGGUGAAGACGGCUGACGGCGUGGUGCGCGGCUCCUACAGCUACGUCGACUCGUACGGCAUCCCGCAGAAGGUCAGCUACGUGGCCGACGCGCUCGGCUUCCGCACGGUGGCGACCAACCUUCCGGUGGCCGCCCACUGAGUCGGCUCUCCGUGCGCCUGCAGGGGGCGGUCAGACGGCUGUGAAGGGCACUCCUUGCUCUGUGAGAUGGAUGUCUUUCCACGUGGAAGUUCAGAAGCAGUGACGACCUCGGUCGGAUGUCGUCGGUGCUGAUGACGAUCUGCGCUGAUUCCAUGUUGCAUGCUGGUUCCUUGAGGAGUAUUAGCCAGUCUGAUGACAUUAGGACCGUACGCGGUCAGUUUUGUCUUCGUUCAGUCACACUGUACCAGGUGUCCAUGGUCUAAGUGCAUACCAAGACAGGGCUGUGUUUGUGCGCAAUGUUUUUUUGUGUGAUAAGUAUGCUCUGAUAAGGCUUAGUAGUUAGCUUACCAAAUCUGAUAGACAUACGUCGUCCACUCCAGAA